GAGAGUGCUCUGUGACUGGGGACAUGUACUUCCACUCGUUUGACGGCAGGAUGUUCACCUUCCCAGCUUCCUGUCAGUAUGUCCUGGCUAAGAGUCGUAACUCAGGGAAGUUCACUGUCACCAUUCAGAACGCCCCGUGUGGACCCCAUUUGGACGGGUCUUGUAUCCAAUCAGUCAGCCUGGUCAUAGACGAGGACCCACGGACUGAGAUCACACUGACCCACCUCGGAGAGGUCUUCAUGGCAGGACAGUACCGCAUCUCUCUGCCCUAUUCAGACGAGGUGUUCCACAUCCAGGAGCUGUCCUCCAUGUACCUGCAGGUGCGUACUGCUCUGGGUCUGCAUCUGCAGUACAGCUGGAGGGAGUUCCGUCUCUACCUGCAGGUGGAUGAGCUGUGGAAGGGCGACACGGUGGGGCUCUGUGGAACCUUCAACGGAAACAUCCAGGACGACUUCCUGUCCCCGUCUGGUAUGAUAGAGAGCACCCCUCACCUGUUUGGCAACGCCUGGAGGGUAUCCUCUGCCUGUGUCCCCAGCCAGAGUGUUCCCCAGCUUGACCCAUGUGACACGCAUCAGCAAGCAGCAUCCUACGCCUCUGAGAUGUGUGACAUCCUGAACCAGGAGUUGUUCUCAGCGUGUCAUGAGUACCUGAGUCCGGUGCCCUUUCACCAACAGUGUAAAGCAGACACCUGUAAGUGUGGCCAGCCCUGCCUCUGCUCUUCCCUGGCCCACUAUGCUAGACAGUGCAGGAAGUACUCUGUCAUCACGGAGUUCAGAGCCAGCGUACCUGACUGUGACCAACAGUGUCCGCUGGGUCAGAUGUACCUGGACUGUACUGAGGGGCUGGAGGGGCUGAAGGCUAUAGAUGGGAUCAGCCUGGGUAGAGGACUGGGCUGUGAACACACCUGUGAAUCCCACCUGCUCAACCUCACCUGUUCAGCUCAUGAACCGUGCAUACCUGGCUGUGUCUGUCCCCCUGGAUUGCUGAAACAUGGCGAUGAGUGUUUUGAGCCUGACGCCUGCCCCUGCCUCUGGAAGGGGAAAGAGUACUAUCCAGGAGAUAGAGUCACCUCCCCCUGCCAUCAAUGUGUCUGCCAGCAUGGAACAUUCCAGUGUGUGUUCCGUCCGUGUCCGUCCAUGUGUACAGCCUAUGGGGACCGCCACUACAGGACCUUUGAUGGUCUACUGUUUGACUACGUUGGAGUGUGUAAAGUCUACCUAGUAAAGAGCAGUGCUGAUCUGAUGAUGAGUGUGACGGCUGAGAACGUGGACUGUUACGACAGCGGCGUCAUCUGCAGGAAAUCUCUACUCAUCAACAUUGGUAGAUCUUUCAUUGCGUUCGACGACGACAGUGGCAAACCAAACCCGUCCAGUGUGAUCGACUGGAGGCAGGAGGUGUUCAUAUGGAGCGCUGGGCUCUUCACCGUGGUCCACGUGCCCGAGGAGGACCUGACCGUGCUCUGGGAUCGCAAGACCACGGUCCACAUUCAGGCUGGACCACGCUGGCAGGGCAAGCUGAGCGGUCUGUGUGGUAACUUUGACCUGAGGACGGUCAAUGAGAUGAGGACACCAGAGAACAUAGACUCUGCCACGCCUCAGGAGUUUGGCAACAGCUGGACGGCAGCUGAGUGUGUUAACAGCCCAGACAUCAGACACCCCUGCAGUCUGAACCCCCUGAGGGAGCCGUUCUCCAAGAGGCAGUGUGGAGUCCUGCUCAGCGAGGUCUUCCUGGUCUGCCACCCGGUGGUGGACGUGACAUGGUUCUAUAUGAACUGCCUGGCUGAUACGUGCGGCUGUAGUCGCGGUGGGGACUGUGAGUGUUUCUGUACCAGCGUGGCAGCCUACGCCCACCGAUGCUGUCACCAGGGUGUCACCGUGGACUGGCGAUCCCCGUCGAUCUGCCCCUACGAUUGUGAAUACUACAACAAAGUUCUGGGUAAAGGCCCCUACAGGCUGGUGACCUACAGGGAGAGGGACACGGUGCUGGCAGCCAACAGGUCCAGUGGGACAGUGUUCCCUAAGAAAGGAGACCCUGCUGCGGCUGGCUUCCUGUCCCUCUUCAUGAUGACCCCUGGGCUCAGCAGAGCGCGUCCGCACGACACGUCCUUGGUGUCGUUCGAGGCGUCCGAUCGGCCCAACUACUUCCUGGCUGUGGACAGCAGUGGCCAUCUCACGCUGACCAAGUGGGAGGAGAGUGAAGCAUUCUGGGCCGCGGCUACCUUCACGCUGCACCGUGACACCUGGAUCCAGGGUUACGAUUCUCUGGAGGCUUUGGCCAGACCGGGAUUCUUCCUCCACUACAUGCUGUCCUGGAUUCACCUCAUGAAGUACAAACACACGGACAGAUCCCGCAAGGCCACACUCUUCAAACUGACAGGCCCUGGUCCAGACACCCCUACGGGUCCUAAGUGCCAGUGGAGGUAUGAGUUGUGUGUGAGCCCCUGCUUCAGGACCUGCAGUGACCCCUCGGGGGAGGCAUGUGGCACCGUUCCAAAGGUGGAGGGAUGUCUGCCUCUGUGUCCUGGUCACAUGGUGCUGGAUGAGGUCACUCAGAGAUGUGUCCAUGUUGAAGACUGCAUUAAGCCACCAGUUGCUGUGCAGCCCAUUACUACUGUCAGCAGUGUUGAGUCAACACCUGCAGCUGUCACUCCUUCAGCCACCACAACCACCACUAGGAGCAGCCCGGCUAGCCCUGGCCUCUCCACGGCACGCUCCACCCCGGGUCCCCCUGUCCCCCUCACCACCACCUCCAUCCAGCCUCCCUACACCACCACCCCUUCAGACACAGUCCCCACCACUGCAGCCACCACCACCAUCAUUCCUAUUGUCUCAACUUUGGAUGCUCUGACCACCUCUGCUAAGGUUCCGACCACAGUGACCGAUAAGGUGGUUCUGCCCAGCACCUCUUCAGCCGUAUCGACUCCAGAGGGAACCAGUGCAGCAACACCCUCAACUCCAUCCCUGGCCACCGCAGCCCUCUACAGACACCACAUUCACCAGCCCCCCUCCAUCCACUACCAUGGGCCCCUGGAUAAGCUCCACCGUGGGGCCUACCCAGACCAGCGCCCUGCCUGCAGUACCAGUCGCCCCCACCAGUGUGACCACCAAGGCCACCACAGCUUGGACUACAACCAGGACUACAGCUUCUAUAACCACCCUUGGUGCACCCACAGAGGCAAGCACAAAGCCUGUAACUGUGGAGACAACCGAGCCAUCAACAAUCAAAGUCCUCUCUCCUGGUGUAUCGACUACAGCCGAUACUACAGUACCCUCUCUCUCACCGACCUCCACCGUUCACACCGUAACAACAACAAUACCACCACCACCAGAACCCACUUCAAAACCCAGCACAGUAUCAACCUCACCAGUCACCACUUUCACUACUCUCAGAACUACACUGUCCACACGCCCGAAGACAACACCACCACUUGUUUUCACGGCAACCACAGAGAAGACGGUUCACGCCUCCCCGACAGAGCUGAGGACAUCCACAACUCCAAGACAACCACAGAACACACAACCACAACCACACACCCGACCGAAGCUGUGGACUGGAGACUGACCACUACUACCGGUCCCCCGACCGUACGGACCACAACAACUCAACCCAUCACAAAGGAAAUCUCCAGCACGACCACCAAACCUCCAGACCUUCUGGUAACGACCACAGAGUCGCCCCAGAUCACCUUCACCUCUCCUUCCAUCUCCACCACAACAGAAGCAGUGGUCCCAACAGCAACCACAUUACCUGUAUCACCGGUGUCACACACAGAGACCACCACGACCACCUUCACCUCUCCUUCCAUCUCCACCACAACAGAAGCAGUGGUUCCAACCACAACCACAUUACCUGUAUCAACGGUGUCACACACAGAGACCACCACGACCGUGCCAGGUCCACCAGUGGCUGUAGGGGCCGUAACGACCCAGCCCCCCACCACACUGAAGACCACGAAGCCUUGGAGGCCCCCCCACAGCGAAACCUCCACCACUCCUUCUAGCCUUGUCUCUAGCACAGAGAGGGUGACCACACCGGAGGUCCCAGUGAAACCUGCGGUCAGCACAGAAGUAGACGUCUCUCCACACCAAGUCUUCUCCACUACCACCACUGACGCACUUCACCACUUUGCUUCAUCUACAGCGCCAGGCGUCACCACCACAACCUCAGUUACCAUGACGACCACUGCCAAAACCGCCACAGCUCCGCCCGAGACUUCAACCGGCGCAGUUUCAACCUCCAGGACGGAGAGACCUGCUGCAACACCCGAAGGCCCUGCCGUGCCUGGUGUACCUGGGGAACCAGCAUUAUCUCUCACCACAAUGGUCCCCAUGACAACUGUCCCACCUUUACCUGGUAUCCAUACGACCACCAUCACACCUUUACCUGGUGUCCAUACGACCACCAUCACACCUUUACCUGGUGUCCCAGUGACCACUAUCCCACCUUUACCUGGUGUCCCAGUGACCACUGUCCCACCUUUACCUGGUGUCCAUACGACCACCAUCACACCUUUACCUGGUGUCCCAGUGACCACUGUCCCACCUUUACCUGGUAUCCCAGUGACCACUGUCCCACCUUUACCUGGUGUCCCAGUGACCACUGUCCCACCUUUACCUGGUGUCCCAGUGACCACUGUCCCACCUUUACCUGGUGUCCCAGUGACCACUGUCCCACCUUUACCUGGUGUCCCAGUGACCACUGUCCCACCUUUACCUGGUGUCCCAGUGACCACUGCCAUCAGCCCAGUGACCAUCAGACCUCUAACAGAGACUACUAGCGUUCCUCCUGAUACAGGAAGGACCAAUGACAACAACACGCAGGACGACAACAGGCAGGGUUCCCGUGACGACGUCCAGAACUGCCACAACGGUCGCAGCCACUCCAGGGGUCACGCCAAAGGUCACACCAGAUGUGACAGCAGCUCCCUCAGUCCCCGCCUUGCCCCCCACGGCCACCCCAACCUCCACCCCAGAGCCAGAGAGGGUGGACGGAGUAGACUCCACUACACCAAAGACUCCAUCACCAUCACCUGUGUCUCCGUACACCACAUCAGAGACAACCGCGUCACCAUCACCUGUGUCGCCGUACACCACAUCAGAGACAACCGCGUCACCAUCGGUAGUAUCGCCAUAUAUCACGACAGAGACAACCGCGUCACCAUCGGUAGUAUCGCCAUAUACCACGACAGAGCGUGUUGGAACUACGGCAGAGGCUCAAUGCGGCUCAAUGGGACUCAAUGUAGGCUCAAUGGGGCCUCAAUGGAGCUCAAUGUAUGCUCCAUGGGGCUCAAUCCUCCCUAUUCAGAGAUCAUAGAUGAGUGUACCAAGUUCCUGUGUGUGAGCGGCCAGCUGGUCCGAUUCAACAUGUCCCAGAACUGUCUGUAUAACUCCACCCCUCCUAACUGCGGUCUGCUUGGCUUCGCCAUCCUGGUCAACGGGGACAAGUGCUGCCCGCAGUGGGACUGCCCAUGUCGCUGCUCAGUGUUCCCUGACCUGAACGUGAUCACGUUUGAUGGUAACAGCGUGGCCAUCUACAAGGCUACCUCCUACAUUGUGACCCAGCUGCCCAGCGAGACCGUCAGUAUUGUGGUCCAGGAAUGCCCCGCUGACUCAGACACGCUGCUGUGGAAUUUCACCAACCUGUGUCUAGUGGUUUUGAACAUUACCCACAAGUCCAACCACCUGGUCAUCAACAGACUGCAGAGGAGGCUAUAUGUGAACUCGAGGUACGCCAAGCCGAGGUUCAAGAAGUUUGGCUUUGAGAUCCUGGAUACCGGCAACAUGUAUCUGAUCCGUACGCCAGCGGGCCUGAAGCUGCAGUGGUUCCACAGCACGGGCAUGUUGGUCAUCGAGACAGAGAGCUACAACAGCAAACUGCCCACCAUGGGCCUCUGUGGCUGCUGUGAUGGUAACCCGGCCAACGACCUGAUGCUGUCGAAUGGGACGACAGUCGGGGAGAGCGAGGACCCGGCGGUGUUCAUCGACAGCUGGCAGGUCCCCAACACCACUAGUUACAUCAGCCACAGCCGGCGCAGAGAAGUCAACUGUUCCACCAGCGACUGUUCCCAGUGUAUGACCAUGCUGCGAAACACCUCCUUCAGCCCCUGCCAUGCUUUUGUUCCUCCCAGUACGUUCUGUGAGGUGUGGGUACGUGACGCGGAGUACGUCAACAACCCGUGUGUAGCGUUGGCUGCCUACGUGGCAUCUUGUCACAAGUUCAACGUCUGCAUGGAGUGGAGGAGCCCAGACUACUGUCCCUUCAUGUGUCCAGACCGACUGCGUUACCAGGCCUGUCUGUCUACCUGUACAGCCCAGUCCUGCUCCAACCACGACUUUGACCACCACCCUGAGCAGUGUACAGGCCUGACAGAGGGAUGUGUUUGUCCUGAGGGCACUCUGCUCCAUCGACCCUACUCUGCCCUCUGCAUCCCCCCUGAGAAGUGUGCCUGUACGGACAGUUCGGGUGUACCCCGUGCUCCUGGCGAGGUGUGGAAGGCGUCUAAAGAUGGCUGCUGUAUGUAUCGCUGUGACAACGACAGUAUCGUUCCCGUGGAGUAUAACUGCUCUGCCGUGGCUCAGCCGCUCUGCCGCAGGGCCGGGGAAGUGGUCAUCGGCCUGGCAGACGACACCUCCUGCUGCCCACAGAGAGCCUGCGAGUGUGACCCAGAGCGCUGUGAGUCAGACAUCCCAGCUUGUAGAGAGGACCAGACCCUCAUCGCCACCAGGGCUGAUGGCAGCUGCUGCCUGGCACACAUCUGUAUGUGUGGUUCCUGUUUGGAGGUGGUUCCAAACUGCCAGGAUGGAGAGGUGUUGACGGUGGACGCCAACAGUACAGACCUCUGCUGUCCUGUCUACCACUGUGUGUGUGAGCCGUACCGAUGUCCUGAGUUGUCAUGUCCCUUGGGGAUGUCUGCUGUCACCGUGUCCCCUCCAGACCACUGCUGUCCCCUGCACACCUGCGAGUGUGCGUGUGACAAACUGUCGAAGCCAAAAUGUGUUCUG